AUGGACACCGUGACCGAGUCGGCCCUGGCCAUCGCCUUGGCCCAGGAAGGCGGUCUCGGGGUGGUACACAAGAACCUAUCGAUCGACGAGCAGGCCACCGAGGUCACAAGGGUGAAACGCAGCGAGGCCGGCAUGAUCGUCGACCCGGUGACCAUGCAGCCGCAGGCGAAGAUCCGCGACGCCCUGGAGGUGAUGGCGCGCUACAAGAUCUCCGGCCUGCCGGUGACCGACGCCGACGGUCGCCUGGUGGGCAUCUUGACCAAUCGCGAUCUGCGCUUCGAGGUCGAUCACGACCGGCCGAUCAGCGAUCUGAUGACCCACGAGAACCUGGUCACAGUGCCCCAGGGCACAACCCUCGACGAAGCCAAAUCACUGCUUCACAAGCACCGCAUCGAAAAGCUGCUGGUGGUCGACGACGAGGGCAAUCUGACCGGCUUGAUCACGGUCAAAGACAUUCAGAAGAUGUCGACCUAUCCCGAUGCCUGCAAGGACGAGCUCGGCCGUCUGCGAGUAGGCGCCGCGGUCGGCACCGCGGUGACUAUGGAGCGGGCCCGCACCUUGAUCGACGCCAAGGCCGACCUGCUGGUAGUGGAUUCGUCCCACGCCCACAGCGACGGCGUGCUCGAUGCCCUGGCCACUCUGCGCGAGCAACUGCCCGAUGUACCGUUGAUCGUCGGCAACGUCGCCACUGGCCAGGGCGCUCGCGAUUUGAUCGAGCGCGGCGCUGACGCGAUCAAGGUGGGCAUCGGCCCGGGCAGCAUUUGCAACCGGAUCGUCACCGGAGCUGGCAUGCCCCAGGUCACGGCGAUCAACGACUGCGCGGCAGGCGGCCGAGCACGGUGUGCGGUGAUUGCCGACGGUGGCAUCAAGUUCUCCGGCGACUUGACCAAGGCGAUCGCCGCGGGAGCCUCGUCGGUGAUGAUCGGAUCGAUUUUUGCUGGCACCGAAGAGAGCCCCGGAGAGACCAUCCUCUACCAGGGCCGCACCUACAAGGCCUACCGGGGCAUGGGUUCGCUGUCGGCAAUGCGCCGCGGCAGCGCCGAGCGCUACUUCCAAGACGACACCCAACCGCUGUCGAAGAUGGUCCCCGAAGGCAUCGAAGGGAUGGUGCCGUUCAAAGGCAGUGUGCACCAGACCAUCCAGCAGCUGACCGGCGGGCUGCGCUCCGGCAUGGGCCUAUCCGGCGCCAUCGAUAUCGAACAGCUGCGCACUCGGACCCGUUUCGUGCGGAUUUCCGGCGCCGGUCUCAGAGAAAGCCACGCCCACGACGUAGUGAUUACCAAAGAAGCCCCCAAUUACUGGGUCGAGCGUUAG